AUGACCACAGAAGACCAAUUGUCCUUCGAAAGUCUUCUAGACAUAGCAACGCUCAACCACACCGCCGAGGCCGUUGCCGGCGAAAUCAUAGAAUACUACAAAAAGCCGGUCAACAUCAUCAAUGUGGCCAUCUCGCUACUAGAAAUGUACAAGCACCAGACUCGAAAACUAGACAAAUUGGGCUACUGCGACUACUCAAUGGCCUAUGUCUGCUAUCGGGCAUCCGGAAUGUCGGCCCAGUAUUGCUUGGAGACAUCUUCGGAUUCGACGAUGGCUGUCGCCAUGGCACAACAGCUCUUGGCUACGUUGAGGGGUGUAAAGGAGACCCUUGCCCGAAUCAAAGCAUCUCUCUCCAGUAUGAAGGAGAACUCUGUGUCUUCCACGUUGGAUGGUCGUGAGAACUGGUCUGUAGGUCUCCGUUACUCGGACUUUAUCUCUGUUGAGCAACUCGACUCUCUUGUACGUGAGCAUCCGCUGGAAUGUCUUCUUCUAGACUUUCGCACGCCAAACGAAUUUGCUUAUAGUCAUUUGAAUUUCCUGAAUGUGGUGAAUAUACCGCCGAUGCUUCUCAGUCAGCUCCUAAAAAAGAAUCCUGAAGCCACGGACGCAGAUUUGGAGCAGAAAUUGAGCCAAGCCCUUCCCUACGAAAUGUCCCAGCUCUUCAAAAAUAGGCAUACUUAUUCUGUGGUUGUUUUAUAUAAUUUGCGGUACGGCCUUCCUAGCAUAGAUAAGUUCAGGUCGUUAAAGUACUUGGAGGAUAAGAGCAGCCUCCCCAAGAACAGUCCUUUCAAAAAUCUUAUAGACAUUUUGAUCUGGAAGAACCAAUACAUCAGUUCCAGAUUGAAGAUGUACCCGUUGAUUCUUGAUGGAGGCAUGAGUCAAUGGCACCACAAGCUUGGGGAUAAAUCGAUUGUUAGUUCGGCUUCCGAGAGCACGAAAAAUGCCACAAAAAACACAGAUCAGGCGGUAGACUCCAAAAAAGACAAUUAUUUGCGCAACUUCGCUGAUUUCUUUUCAGCCCCUCGAUCAAAGGAGCAUCAAUUAAAUUAUCUGCCUCAGAUCGCUAACUCGAACAAUUUAUUCACUUCUUCUAGGCCCUCGACGUCAUAUCAAGCGCCGGUGAGGGAACUGGCGUUGCUGAAGGGCCUUUCGGAAAUGCUGAAGCAAACAAAUACGGGCCAAAAGUUGCCAGAACGGUCACUCGAUGUGCCAGACGUUCCAGAUCCUUACACAAUGGCCACUUCAAAAUCUUCAGCAACAGCAAAAGUGUCGGAUCAAUUUGGAAAACUAGUGACCGGGCUUACAAACUUGGGCAAUUCUUGCUACAUGAACUGCGUCCUACAGUGUUUGGUGGCAACGCCGCAGCUCACAGAGUUUUUCUUCGCUAUAACAUCGGAAGGAAAGCUUGAGGAAUUGUCGUCGUUCAAAAAGCGCAUCAAUAAAGAAAAUAGGCUAGGGACCAAGGGAGCUGUCACCAUUACAUUUGUCAAAUUGAUAGAAGACAUGUUUUGCAACCAAGGAAAGUAUUUUACUCCUUCGAGCUUCAAGAAAAUUGUUGGCGGGUAUUCGCCAGGUCUACAGUUCGCAACAAAAGAUCAACAAGAUUGCAUUGAAUUUCUCAACUUUAUAUUGGACUCGUUGCACGAAGACUUGAACAUGAUACAAGCCAAAAGCCCAGAGGAACGUGCCGCGCUGUUGGAAUUAUCGGCGGAGGAAGAGAAAACGAGAGAAUUGCUCCCCAUUCGUCUUGCAUCCACCAUAGAAUGGGAGAGGUAUCUUAAGCUCAACUUCUCAGUAAUUGUCGAUUCUUUCCAGGGUCAAUACUUGUCGCGCUUGCAGUGCUUGGUGUGUAAACACACAUCUACGACGUUCAACUCGUUUUCGAUACUUUCACUUCCUAUUCCUGUGCCUUUGAGCAAUAGCAAACGUAUCAAUUUGUUUGACUGCUUGAAUUUCUUCACCGAAAAGGAACUCCUAGAUGGAAAUAACAAAUGGCAUUGUCCCUCGUGCAAGAAAUUUACCCGCCUGACCAAGGAAAUCGUCAUUACGAGAUUACCUCUGAUUCUCAUCAUACACUUCAAAAGGUUUAGCAUGAACGGGGCGCGUUUCCAAAAACUCGACACAUUUAUCGAUUAUCCCGUCGAAGAGACUCUUGACAUGACCUCCUACUGGCCAAAGGUUGGCUCUCACUUUGGCAGUACUGCAGCAACCAGUAACAUACCUGUGAACGCCGAAAAAGAGUACUUGCAAAAGUUACCACCGCGUGGACAAGAGGCUCCUUUCAAAUACAAGCUCUACGGAGUGGUUAAUCAUUACGGAAACCUCACCACCGGCCACUACACUUCCUAUGUCCAAAAGAAGAAUGGCGCUGGUCAGCGAGGCUGGUACUAUUUUGACGACGCAAGGGUCACGCCCAAUUGCCGCCCCGACAAAGUCUUAAACGCCAACGCCUACUGUUUGUUCUUCCAGAGAAUUUAG